AUGAAUAUCCACCACCUCACUGAACCUGCGCCUGGUGCUCCAAUACCAAACUCGUGGCCCGACCAAAAUUCCUUAGUGCCUGCCUCAACUGACCCAGAGAUUGUGGUGACUGGAAAAGACACAAACGGUUGUAUUCUGCUACCCCCCUCUACCCCCAGCAUACCCAGUCAGCACACAGACAAAGUUUCCCCUCUCAUUUUGUCACCUCUCCCCCUCGUCCUUGCGCCAGUUGCUACUGGAAAAAUUUUCGAUCCAACUGAGUCUUCCCGGAACUAUGUGGUCUUAACCGAUCCGGAGGAACAAGACCUGAAUGGUUCUAGAGAAUUUUCAGACCGGGCUGAUGAAAGGGUGCAGAAAAUAACUUCAAAGAUGCUCAAUGAAAUCGGUGGCGUCUCAGCUGAAACAAGGGAAGAGUAUGACGCAGGUGGCGAUAAUGAUGAAGAGGGUGACGACGAGAAUGAAGGGCCUGAGGAUGAGGAAGAUGAAGAGGAUUCUGAUGAUGGAUAUUACGACUACUACGAAAAUUGCGACAGCUAUGGACAGCCAUUUCUCGAUGGCCCUAACACACAUGACCUCUUUCCCGAGGCGGAUGAAGACAGUUUCCAUACUCGUUAUCACCGUCGGCCCUUUUUCUCUUGGUUUUAG